UAGUAGAGAUGACAGAAUUGAGAUUUUUAGAUCUCAGCUUCAACAAGUUGAACAGAGAGAUUCCAAAUCUUGAUGGCCUAACAAACGUGGAGGUCAUGUGUCUGACAGGCAACCGGCUUAAUGGAAAUAUUCCAGAUGGAAUCAAGGGAAGGCAGAGUCGCACGAACCUGUUCAGAAGCUUUUCUGAGGAGGGGAACUUAGAACUUGGUGGGUGCCUGGAAAACUACCUUGUCAAAAAAGUGAGUACAUAAAAUGUGAGGUGAAUUUCUCAGUUAUUUUAUCCUAGAUGAUUGGGACUUAUCUUUGGUAUUGAAAUGAAAUUAUAUCAUCUCAUCAAGGACAUA